CUUUGAACAUUACAUUGGAAGAUUGCAGUAUCUUUCGUGACUGAAUAAUUUAUUUACUAUUAGUUUAUAUACAUAAGUGUCUUCUUAUAUUCUGGUGCUACCGCCAUUUUGUGCACAUAGCACGGAAUGAAACCAGAAAUAUUAUCCUCCGAGAACAUUCAUGGACAAUGGCUUUGUAGUUCACGUCCACAUUUUCAAUGUCCAUAGAGGGAGUAUCGCUUUCAGGUAUCACCUAAAAGCAGGCCGUGACAUCUCUCCUCUGUCAAUAUACAAACGUUAUAUUUCCUCUAAUCCUGAUUGGUCCCUAUUCUAUGUGUUCCGAUAUAGGCCACCAGAUGUAUGUGCUGAAAAAUCAUUCAUUCAUAUAUGUUUGUACUGUCAGCUAAACCUAGGAGCAGCCUAUAAAUAGUAUAUCACGUGAUAUUUCUAAGAGAUAUCAAAUUUCAGAGUACGUAGCUUUUUUUAUUAAUGGAUACGUCUGAUGGGCUUUGAAAUUCGCGGCUUUACAGAAACGCCGGAAGUGAGAGAAAUAAUCGUCAAGAAAUUUCAUCAUUUUCUGAUUGCUUGUGACGUAACGGCACGGCACGCCGCGUCAACAAAAGUUGUUAUUAUUUACUCUUGAAACAACUCAUCGGACAAAAUUAUUUACCGGUCAGGAGAUUAUGUUUCAUCGUAAUUUCGUCGACAUUGCUUUCUCUUAGCGGCAGAACUAUCGGAAGGUCUUUUUCUCUUCACUUGCUCAUGGGAUUUAUUGACGAUGAAUUGCGAGAAGUAUCUCAGCUCUGUCACAAUGUUGUUGACGGAAGCCGCCUCGUCUCUUGCGUACGGAGCAUGGUUCGCGUCGAAAUAACGAAAACAUCGUUCAAGCAACUCGUCGUGUGUAUCCAGUUUCGAGAAGAUUAUCCCGCGUCACCUCUGUUUAUCGAGUUAAAAAGUAAAACUCUAUCUACAAAGCUGCUUGAUGGACUAACCGAAGUCUGCGAAAAAGAGUGCAAACGUUUAUUGAACAAAGCACAGGUGUUGCUGAUUUUAAAGUUUAUCAGAAAUUUUAUUGAGGAAAAUCCUCUCAUCUGUUGCUAUGAUGAAAUAUCAACAUUAAAGAAACUUCUAGGGGACAAAGACGAGUUAAAAUUGAAGCAGAAGAAUUCUUAUAUUUAUUUAACAUUAUAUCAAGGUUUAUAUCAUUUUAAGACCAAGCUUGAAAUACCGAAUAAUUACCCCAUCGAUUGUGUGAUAUUUAGUGAUGUUGAUACAAAUUUUCCACCAUUGUUUAAACGCUAUCUAGUUGGACAAGGAAGAGAAUUAGCAAGACAAUGUGUCGAAGAACCAUUGAAGAAACAAGCUCAGAAGCUAUUCACUCCAUCACCAUCAUUAAAUAUAACUGCAUCCUUUCUCAUAAAAACUGUAAAAGCUCUUCCACAAGAGUCUUGUCAACAUUGCAAAAUAAUAUGCUUACCAGCAAAUCCAGAAGAGGUUGUAACCGACGAAAGUGCAGAUUUCCACGCCGAAAGACUUUACUGUGGUCAUCUCUUCCACUUAAAAUGUCUUGUGAAAUACAUGAAGACUCCGCCAUUCCAUGGGGGUAAGAAAUGUCCAAGUUGCGGUCAACGCGUGUAUCAUGACAAAUGGGGAUUAAGUGACAAGCUCGCAGAAGCUCGGUGGGCUCAUCAACAAGCACGAGCAAGGGAGUUAGCUGAAGUUGAAGAUUUUUUCAACUAGAAAAGACCUUGUAUCAAGCAGACACUUGUGCUGUAAGUUUCAAAGUUUGAUAAACUUUACUACAAGCGCGAUAAAUGGAAGCAUAUACAUGGCAUAAACAUGGCAACUGACAUUUUGAGAAAAAAAUAAAAUGCAGGAUAAGAAUGAAAGUAUGAGAGAAAAAAUCCCAUCUUUAAAAACAAAAUUAUUCUUGAUUUUACAAAGUUAUACUAUUUUACAAUUAUUGUACUACAUUUAUUAAAA